AUGCCGUACUAUUGCACAGUGCCCCGGUGUACUUCAAUGGCUGGAAAAGCGAAAAAUGUGUCUUUCCACCAGUUUCCGAGGGAUGAAGAACUAGCCAAGUUAUGGAAUCAAGUGUUGAAACGAGGGAAACCAUACACGAAAUACUCUAAAGUUUGUAGUUUACACUUUAAACCUGAGGACUACACGUUCACCAGUGCGCAGAAAAACAGAGGACAAUGGAGGACUCUUCGAAAAGAUGCGAUCCCUUCUCAAAAUCUUCCAUCAGAAUCUCCAAUAGAUGAUUGGCAUCGUAAAAAUCCUAGCCCUUUUAAAUUUCCCAUGAGUGUUGAUACCAGUGUCCAACACCAGAUGGCGCAAGCAAUCUAUGUACAAACAAUGCUAGCAAUGCAGGUUGCAGGAGUAAAUGAUGCUGACUUUAAAGGACUUAGCAAUGGUCAAUCGUCACCGUUAAACACGGAUACCACUCCACCACCGCCAGAUGACAAUACUGAACCAAAUGCAGUCUCGACUGGCGCAAGUCGAUCAAAUACGGCGAAUGUUCCCGAAAAAGUUACAUAUGAAUGUAAUCAAUGCUCAAAAUGCUUCAAAGACCCUGAUGUAUUUAUUCUUCACCAAAGAAAUCAUAAAAAAACACAUCACAAUACUGAAACACUAAAGGCAAAUCCAAUUUUAGCUAAUCUUCUUAAAACUGAUUCUGACAAUGUAAACAAAAAUGUAAUCAGUAUAGAAAAUCAAAUUAUGUCUGCACUCACUGAAAAUAUGGCGAAUUAUUUGCGUAAUUUAUCGAGUAUUAUGAAUAAUGGCAACAAUAGCUAUGAAAUGGAGACAGGCGACAAUAUUGAGGAGUUUGAUGGUGUGAAUAAUAGUAAUGAUGAAGAUGAUGCUCAAAAUCCAAACAUCCAGGUAGAGUUUGGAAAUAAUGCAGAGAAAAUUGCCACUAACAAUAUUCCACUGAAUGAAGUCUUAGAAUAUGAACAAUCUGAAGAGUAUGCCAGAAGUGGUACAAAUCAAUUUUCCAUUAAUGGUGGUAGCAAUUCAGUUUAUAAUACACCAAAAGUUAUACAAACUGAAAACAAUAUUACAAACAUAGAUAAGACUAGGCAACAGCCUGGAAAUGUAGUAGAUAAUAGACAAGUCACUGACACAGACUGUGAUAAAUAA